AGUACCUUAGUAAACAUUCGGAAUCAAAAAUUGAUGAUGUAACCAAGAGCCAAACUACAAAAUGGUAUACCUAUAAUUUUAAUCAUCCUGAUAAUCCUGAAUAUAAAUUUAUUCUCAUUGACACACCCGGAUUAAGUGAUACAAAUGGUGUUAAACAAGAUGACAAGAAUAUUCAAGAAAUUAUAGAUACAGCAAUUUCUGCCGGUUCAUUAUCAGCUAUCAUAAUUAUUGCAAAUGGAACUGAGGCUAGAGUUACACCAUCAAUCAAGAACACGUUGGUUCGACUGUCAAAUAACCUUCCUGAUGAUCUGUUAGGCAACCUUUUACUUAUUUUGACAAAGUGCACAAAAAGCAGUGCUUCUUUUUCUGAAUGUGUUUUUUCAAAGGAAAUUGCAAAGCCAAAGAAAAUUUUUUACAUGGAUAAUCAAUUUUUCUGCACUGACCCUAAAAUCUGUAAGGAUGAUGAAGAAGAACGUUUCAACGUUGAACAUAAUUGGAAAAAGUCUAUUAAUACUAUUAACAGAUUAUUAGAAACGAUUACUGAUCUUUCUGCUACUUCAACUAAAGCCUUUGAAAAUAUGAAAACUUAUAGAAAUCAAAUUAAAUCUGAACUAGCAAAAGUGACUCAAGACAUCGCAAAUAUUCAACAAGUUCAAGAUCAUCUUGAAGCCGCUCAGAAACUAUUACAAAAAACUGGCAAUCAAAAGAAUUCUUAUUCUAACUAUACAAAAACUGAAACAAUUACUCUCAAAGAAAUUGAAAAAUCCGAUUAUCAUAGCACCGUCUGUACUCUUCAUUUUAAAGAGAAAAUUUGCCACGAUUAUUGUGGACUUAAUGAAACAACAUACUCUGGAACUAGCUACUUUUCUGGUUGCUCUUUUAAAUGGGUUACUAAAACUCAUACACUGAGCAAAGUUCUUGAAGACAUGAAAGAAAAAUAUGAUAUGGCUAACCAACAAUAUAACAAAUACAGUACUGAAGCUAACAGUUAUCAAUCAAACCUUUCACAACUCCAAAAUGCAGCUAAUGCUAAAUAUGAAUACAUUCAUAAACUUUGUAAAGAUUUAAGUAAAAUUUGUUCUCGAUUUAACUUUGUUGAUGAACUUCACGCAAAUAUUGAGAGUAUGAGGCAAGAUGCGAAAAUAAUUCAAAACACUAAUAUACGAAGGAAUGCCGAAGCAGAGAUCCAAAGGCUUGAAAAUUUGGCUAACGAUUUGUCAUCAAAACGAGGCAGCAU